AUGGGUAAUGGUCUGGUGGCGUGUGUCCUGCUGAAUUCCCUCCACCGGUCCAACCUGACAGACCUGUGUCUACUGAACCUGGCAGUGUCCGACCUGCUGUUCCUGCUCACUCUACCGCUUUAUGUUCUGUAUGUCGCUGCAUCCUUCUCCUGGGUCAUAGGAGACUUCAUGUGUCACAUCAGUGGAGGUCUGCACAGUCUGGGCUUCUACAGCAGCACUUUCUUCAUGGUCGUCAUGACUCUGGAUCGAUACAAGUUCAAGAAGCGCUCCGUGAUUGUGUUGAGGAAGCUGCUGUCGCGGACCCCCGCCAGCAGAGACAGAGCAGAUACUUCAAUCAGAAUGAGUUCCAUUGCAUCCCGCACUUCAGUCACUACCAGCAUCUUGUAG